UGUGUGUUGUUUCGCUCUAAUUUGAGUUUCUCCUUUUCUCUUCUCUGUCUUCUCAUCAUCCCCAUUUUUCUCGUCUCCCCCAAGUAAUGUUAUUAUUCAAUAGUAACAAAACGUGUCUUGUAAAUUAAAAAGCCUUUUGGGUUAUGGAUCGUGGCAUCAAAAUCUGAUCUUUGUUUUUUCUCCUUAUUUACUGUUUCAUCAUCAGCUCUAGUUUUUUUUUUUCUUUUAAUUUUAAUGGCGGAAGCAAACGAGAGAAGUAGAGAAAUGGCGAGGAGGAGUAACAGUUGUGUGUUUCCUAGAGAUCUGCUUCAGAGGUUCAUCUCUAACUCUGUUGAAGGUGAAGAUGAUGAUGAAGAAGACGAUGAAGAGGUUGAGUUGAAUCUUGGUUUAUCUCUUGGUGGGAGAUUUGGAGUUGAUAAGAGUAAUAACAACAAGCUCGUGAGAUCUUCCUCCGUCGUUGUCACGAUGCCUCUUUUCCGGGAGGAUCAUCGUCAUCAAACCACGACGGUUACGACAACGGCGGCGGUGGCCGCGACGACUACUACGCGGGGUAUGGGUUUGAUGAGAACGACGUCGUUGCCGGCUGAGUCUGAGGAGGAGUGGAGGAAGAGGAAAGAGAUGCAGACGCUAAGGAGAAUGGCUGCUAAGAGACGGAGGAGCGAGAAGCUUCGUAGCGGCGGCGCCGGCGGUGGAGGAAACAGUGGUAAUCCGGAAGAAGCUGCGACGACGGCCACCUCUUCGAGACGGCGAGGUAGACCAACUUCAGGACUUCCUCGGUGGUCUGCUACUGCUAACAAAAGCGGGCUUUUACGGCAGCACAGUGGUGCUCUUGAAGGCUCCGUUGAGUCUCAAGGCGGAGGAGGAGGUUCAUCGAGCGUUUCCGAGUUAGAAACUAAAGCGUCUAGUGAUGAGGCAAGAAGCUUAACAUCGACAACUCAACAACAACAAGAAGCAACAACAAAGCCAACAAACCGGCUGAGAAGACUGAGUUCAGUGGACAUGAACAUGAAGAUGGAGCCACAAGGGAAAGGCAAGAGUGAGAUGCCAUGUGUGUUUACAAAAGGAGAUGGUCCUAAUGGGAAGAGAGUUGAUGGUAUUCUUUAUAGAUACGGCAAUGGUGAAGAAGUGAGGAUCAUGUGUGUUUGCCAUGGCGAUUUCUUGUCUCCGGCUGAUUUCGUUAAACAUGCCGGUGGUCCGAAUGUAGAACACCCUCUUAGGCACAUUGUUGUCAACACCUCUUCUCCUUCUAAUCUCUUAUAAGUUAUAAUAGACCAAAAACCCUCUAACCAAAACCCACUCUUGUUUAGAGAAGAUGUUUUUAAGAGUCUUGGCCAUUUCUCAAA